AUGGUCUCAAGUGCGGCACUUGCCCUUGUCAACAUCGCAGCCGCAAUCGCCCAGCCGUUUCUGCUCCGGUCAUUUCUCGAAACCUGCCAAGUUCUUCCAGUUCUUGGCCUCUUCUCAACAAGUGUGCUGGCUGGCGCGACUGAAGCGCAUAUGCAACUUCUUCUCAGUAGGGCCGGGGUUCAGUUACGAUCCGCACUAACUGCCGUUCUAUGCGACGAGUGUAUGGUCCCUGCGAACCGUGGACCAUCUACCUCUGAUCCCCUUGUUCUAGUUGAGGUCGAUUCGGCCAAGGUUUUUGAGUUGGUGCAGCAGUAUCAUCUGAUUUGGAUGGUUCCCCUCCAGGCGGGAAUCAGUAUCGCAGCGCUGGCACAGAUUCUCGGCUGGGAGAGCGUAGCUGCCGGGUUUCUAUCACCGGUAAUAGCACUGCCUCUCAUAACUUAUACAACACGCCAUGUUUCCCAACGCAUGAUGCACGUCAUGCAAGCAAAGGACUCGAGAGUCGCCCUGGUCAUCGAAGUCGUCAAGCAAAUCAAGCAGAUCAAGCUCGGCGCCCUGCAAGUGUUCUUCAAAAGUAAGAUCGACCAAAAGCGCGCGGAGGAGCUGGACAGGUUCAAGGAUGUUGCGAUGUUAAACGCCUGUCUUGUAUUCCUUGUCUAUGUCUCGCCACCAGCUUUGAUCUCACUGACCUUUGGGACCGCCAUCUUCCUGGGCCAGUCUCUGCCGAACGAUGUUAUUUUCUCGGCACUGGCAUUUUGCUUCAAUAUUACAAGAUCGGUGUCGCUGCUUCCGAAGCUUGUCAUGCUUUACCAGGGGGGUCAAAUCUCUUUUAAACGCAUUCGCGAUUUCCUCGCUUCUGGUCAGAAUGGCGUGACACUGGCACCUGAAAUCCGUCUACAGCAGCCAGGCUUGGUGACUGAGUCUGUACAGUUUUCCAUGCGAGGCUGCGACAUUGGAUUCCAGGAUUUUCCAGGUGCAGAUUCAAAACCUCUUCUCCACGAUUGCAACAUGCAGGCAUCAUCAAGCUGCCUGCUCGUCGUCUCCGGUGCAGUUGGCUGCGGCAAAACCACGCUAAUACGGUCCAUCAUUGGCGAGACUGAGCCUGCUUUUGGCGACAUCGUGGUCAGAGGCCGGAUCGCAUACGCACCCCAAAAGCCGUUCUUGAUCAGCGGUACCAUCCGCGACAACAUCCUGUUCGGUCUUCCGUUCGAUGCACCUUUCUAUGCAGAGGUUAUUGACGCCAUAUCCCUCCGCCCCGAUCUGGCCAGACUGCCUGCCGGUGAUGGGACAAGCUUGGGAGGCGCAGACGCUACUCUCUCGGGUGGACAAAAGGCGCGAAUUUCCCUUGCCCGAGCCAUCUACGCGCGAAGGGAGGUUGUUCUUCUCGAUGACCCUCUUGCAGCUGUUGAUGCCAAAGUGCAAUCGCAUCUCGUUGAGCGCGUCUUCGGACCUAGCGGUAUUUUGAAGAAUACAUUGCGGAUUGUCACCACUUCUUCAGACAAUUUAAUGUCACAGGCGAACAUGCUCUAUAUCCUCAGAGAUGGAACGCUUUCGGAGGCUGUAGGUCCGCAGCCCGCAUAUCAGGAGGCUGUCCAUGAGUCCCACGAAGUUCUAUCGCCGACCAUCCCACAUAUCCAGAAGGCCUCGCCUCCACCUUCUGCCUAUGGAUCGAUAGCUCCAGGUCCGUCAGUACAGGUGUCGACUCGCAACCUGGAGUCCAGCGAGGUCACGGCGGCCUCACCCUUGCUCGCAAAGCCUGAUGCAGCAAGCCAGAACACAGACCUUGGAGCAUCACCAGUAGCUCUCGACACAUACAUACAGUUCCUGAAGCUUGCGAAGAAUGGCGGUUGGCUAGUCGUCCUUGUGCUGGCCGCUGUAUCCAAGCUGGUGGAUAUACUCGCCAUCUAUUUCCUCAAGGUCUCAAGCCAGGAAUUCGAGACGCAGGGCCACUCGUCCAAGCUAGCGUACUAUUCCAUCUGUGCCCUGGCCGGAGGCAUCCUCUCUGCAGUCUUUGUGCUCGUCGCCUAUUCCAUCUGCAUCAUCCCGACUUCUCGGUCCAUCCACAAGAAGCUCACAGAGGACGUCUUCGAAAGCAAGUUCUCGUUCUUCGACACAACCAGUCUAGGCCAGAUCCUCAAUCGCUUUACAAAUGAUAUCAACAAGAUUGACAGUUCUGUGAGCGGCGGACUGAUCAGCAUGGUUGCCCUUUCCGUGACUGCCACAGGAUCGAUUCUGGUCAUUGUCGCUGCGACUCCAUUAAGUGUGCUCUACUUGACUCCUAUCGGUGGUGUUUACUUUGCCAUCCAAGCAUACUACCAGCACGCCUGUCGACAGCUCCGGCGCCUAGAGAUUGUAGCCCGAGCGCCCAUCUUGAACACGGCCAGUGAGAUGCGCGUUGGGGCUUCGGUGAUCAAAGUGUUCAGCCAGCAAGAUACUUUCAAGCGGCGUGCUAGAGAUGUGAUUGACGACCACAUUCGUGUCUGGCUCCCGUUUGUAGCGCUGGACUCCUGGCUGCUCCUUCGUCUUCAAGCUCUCUCAAGGCAAGCUUUCUGCAUUUUUUUUUGUCCACAGUCUGCGUUGCUGACCCUCCGGAAUAGCAUAAUCCAGCUCCUCUCCGCCAUCCUCCUCAUAUACCUCCACGCACCCCCGAGCACCCUCGGCCUCGUAAUGAACUACCUCAUCCAAACGACCUCGCAAUUCACCAGCCUCACCAAGAUGCGCGCAGACCUCGAAGCCGACAUGACCUCCGUCGAACGGGUCUGGUCGUACGCAUCCAACAUUCCCGAAUAUGACCCCGACUCCGGGUACGACAUCGGCUCUACGGUCACAGCAACCUGGCCACAAAUCCCCACCAUCGCUUUCCGGUCGUAUACCGCGUCCUAUGCACCCGGUGCUCCGCCGUGUCUAUCGAACCUGGCAUUCACUAUCCAUCCAGGGGAACAUGUUGCUGUUGUAGGAAGAACGGGCGCCGGGAAGUCGUCGCUUACCCUUGCGUUGCUGCGUGCUUUGGAGGGUACCACUCAAGGAGGCAGCCUUACAAUUGACGGGGUCGACAUUGCGACUGUGGAUCUGGUUGACCUGCGCAGGCGCGUCAUUGCGCUCAUGCCUCAGCAGCCGGCAAUUUUCGAGGGCAGCGUUCGGGAGAAUCUAGAUAUAGAGGGGACGCGGACUGACGAGCAGCUGAGGGAUGCUAUCGAUAUCUGUCAGAUGGGUAGGGUGUUUAACAUGCACCCUGGGGAAGAUGUGUUGGAGUAUCGGAUUACCGAGUUAGGGUAUAACCUGUCAGGCGGCCAGAUCCAACUCCUCGCGCUAUCGCGGGCUCUCCUAGCAAAGGCCAAGAUUGUGAUUCUUGAUGAGGCAACCGCUGCAAUGGAUUCUUUAAGAAGAACAUUCAUCCACAACGUAGUCAAGCAGCAUUUCCGGGCCCAUACCGUCAUCACAAUCACGCACCAUAUUGAGUUUGCUCUCGAACAUGAUAAGGUCCUUGUUCUGCAUGAUGGGCGGGUAGCUGGGUACGGUGCGCCGAAGCAGUUGCUCAAGGAUGGAAAUGCGAUUUUCUGUGAUUUGGUGGCCGAGGCAGGGAUUGGUCGGUUGAAGUGA